CCCCCACCCACACCGGCACCUCCUCUGCCCUAGCUAUGGCGGCCGCUUCCUCCCUCCGGAACGCCCUUUUUCCACUCCUCCGCAAGCGCAUCGCCAUGGCGCGACGGAUGUCGACGACCGGCACCGGCACCGGGGCAGGGAUCACCGGCGGAGGCAGCGGGACCGGAGGGGCGGCCAACUCCGGCGGAGCCAGGACGACCGGAUCCGGCGGCGCGUCAAACUCCGGUGGGAGGAUGGCGGGCGGCGGCUCCGCGGGCAACUCAGGCGGCAGCGGAGGGGCGACGGGGGUUGAUCGUCUAAGGAAGGACAUCUUUAAAGAAACUAGACGCCUGUGGGAGGGCUACAACGUGCUGUCGGAGGUGGACAGGAACUUAUUUGGGGAGAUCGCGCGUCUUGAAAUGGACAAUGCCAUGAAUAUGGUCAACGCCAAGGUGGAUUUAGUGUCUACUACCUACAAGUUCUUGGGUUCGACCGCAGUUUUCAUCAUUGCCUUUGCAUCGUGCUUGGGGCCGUAUAUCAAGGAUUCGGUGGUGCAUGAUGCCGCCAAGGAGGUUGAUGAAAGAAUGACGCUUCGCAAGCAGCAAGGUGAAGGUGUUGGCAAGACUGCUACUCCAGGAGACGCGGCACCCACGACCAAGGUCCACACCCAGCCUGAUGCUGCUGCUGCACCAACAGGCGGCUCGGCGUCGGCGGCUCCCGGCGCACCGGCAACCGUGGAGGUCAAGAACAGGGCUGCACCGGCACCCGAGGAUGUCAAGAAGAAGGGCGCUGCUACACCCGGAGCAGGCUCGGCGUCUGUCAACAACUGAUCGAGUCCCCCAUACUUUCAUUCGAUCCGAAGCAACUCAAGAAGCUGUCCCGUCGCUUUGGCUGAGUUUUGGCAGGCUGUAAUGCCCACAAACUGGUGUCUUGCUUGGUGUUUCGUCUUGUUUGAUGCACUUGCUAUUCGUGGCAGGAAUGCCCCCCAGACUUGCUAAAUUCGAGGCUUUUAUGCCCCCAAUCAAUCAUUCGUGGCAGAAAUGCCCCCGACAUGGAAACUAGUACUACUACUGUUAAAUUCGAGGCUUUAAUGCCCCCCAGUCCAGUGAGACUUGUUUUGACCUGAUCA